UCGGAAUUUUACUGUUUUUUUUUUUUAAUUUUGAGACUAAUAAAUAGUUUAAAUUUUUAAAAUAUAUCUUACAUUUACAAUAUUUCGAGAUUAAAUAUUAAACCCUUGGAAUUUUAAGGAAAACAAAAUGGAAGAAUCAUUUGAGUUGCUCAGCUCCAUGUCCCCAAAAGUUAAGGGUAAACAGAAAACUUUGAAAAUAAAAAAAGUCUCGAGAUUAGCUCUGAAAAAACACUUUAGACGCUCAGCAGCAUUUGACGAAUCAUUAAAUAUGAGAAACCAGGACUUAAGUAUUGUAGAAGUUAAUACUGAAAGCUCAGAAAGUAUUCACAGUUCAAACUCUCUCAGCAAACCAGAUAUUAUUAUUGACUCAACAGAUUCAGAGGACUCAGAGCCACCUAUUUUACAUAAAACUGACAAAUUUCCUUUAUCACAAGGAAGUACCGGUAAAAAAAAUGAAAUUAUUGAGCAGUGGUUACAAGAUGUAGAUGGUGACAAAAAGUCUGAAACGUUUUUCAGUCAAGUCUCAACAAUAUAUGGGGAGGAGCAGUCCAAUUUAGAUAAUGAUAAAAUAGCUGCUUGUUCUAGUUUUAAUGACUAUUUAACUCACAGGUUUGAUGAGUUAUUUAUUGACAAAAAAAAUGAUGAUAAAGUUAGUGUAAUUGAUGAAACUUUCUAUGAGAAUUCAUCCAACUUAAAAACAGGAACACAAGACAAAAAAGGCAUAGAUUUAUCUGAUAGUUCUUUUAAUCUAAGAUUUAGUGAAGAUUCCACUAGUAAGACUGAUUCAAAAGUACAAACACCCAAGAAAAAAGACUCCAUGGACAAGAAAAGUCUCUCAGAUGAUUCCUUUAGUUUAGAAUUAGAUGUAAGCCUAAAAUCUAGAAUAAAAAAACAGAAUAUUUCAAAAAAUACUCUUUUGAAAGAAAAAAAUAAUAAUAAGGACUAUCACCACAGUAAAACUGAUAGUUUAAAAAGUGCUAUAAUAAUGAUUGAAGAUAGUCCUGUUACCCCAAUCAAAAGUAAUGCCUUUAUUACUACCAGAAAAAAGAACUUUACUCCAAAAGUAGAUAACACUCCAACCAAUCAAAAUAUUCAAGAAGUUGCUUCUCUCCUUGAUUCUUUAUAUGGAAAAAAAUGGAGAGAGAAAGAGGAUAAAGUACUUCUUCCAAUGUCUGAGCCCAAAAAAAGGAAUCCAAGAAAAAUCCAAAAUAUUCAGGAACCAAAAACUGAAAGAGCAAAAAAACCAAUUAAAAAAACUAAUUUACCAGCUACAAAAAAAUUGAAUUUUGAUCAACUGAAGACACCUAUUCAGUCUCCUUGGAUACAAAAACUGAAGGGCCUCAUCGAUUCUGAUUCCGAUGGAUUUGAAAACCGCGAUUCUCCAUUGAAUAAUGUAAAAACCAAAUUAAAUUUUGAUGAUAAUGAAAGUAAAAGCAAUGUACCAAAAAAGAAACCAGGGAACAGUAUGACAAAUAAGGAAAACUAUCCUUUAAAAAUUUCUGAAAAAAUAAAACAAAUAGGAAGAAUCAAAAGUAAAAGUUCCUCAAGUAGCGAUGAAGAUGUGUCAACGGAUGAUGAAUAUGAUAGGCAAAUUGAAUUUUUGGAAGUUAAGAGAAAAAGUAUGAUGCCACAGAAACCAACAAAGUAUUCUUUUCUGGAGUCAUUAUCAGGUUGUGUGCCACUAGAUAAAUGUGACUUCUCAGCCCGAAUUUUUCGCAGUCAGUUUAAACAAAACAAAAUAGAAUUGUGCAAUAGAUUAUUUAAAUUGUAUAAUGAGAACAUUUUUAAAAAUGCGUUGCCAGAAGAUACCGAGUUGGAGUGGAACGAUAAGCUAAGAAAAACUGCCGGUCUUUGCUACUGCAAGAAGAUUACGAGGAGAACUGGUGUAGUGGAAAGGAAAGUAAGAAUAGCUCUUUCGACAAAAGUCUUAGAUUCAGCAGAUAGAGUAAGGGACACUCUGAUUCACGAAAUGUGUCACGCCGCAACGUGGAUCGUCAAUGAAGUUCAAGAUGGACAUGGACCCUUUUGGAAAAGCUGGGCUUUUAAAGCAAUGCAAACGUUUCCGGAAUUGCCUCCGAUUAGCCGAUGUCACUCCUAUGCAAUCAAUAGUAAAUAUACGUAUAAAUGCACCGACUGCGGGUACAGUUUUGGUCGCCACUCAAAAUCACUUGACAUCAAGACCAAACGGUGCGGUCACUGCUUCGGCAAAUUUGAAAUAUUACUCAACAAGUCCACCAAACAGGGCAGAAAAGCUGUUCCGGCAACGCCAAAGAAAGAGCCCACGGGGUUUGCGCUUUUCGUGAAAGAAAAUUAUGCACGGUAUAAGGAACCGUCAAAAAAACACGCAGACGUUAUGAAAGUCCUAGGACAGAAAUUUGCGGAGCUUAAGGUGAAGAAUGGCAGUUAAAACGAGUAAAAAUUGUUAAUUCUCGAGUGUUCUGCAUGUGUUCAUUUCAUUUGUAAGUUCAAAAUACAAUUUUAUUUAUGACGAUUUCAUUCUUGUAAAUAACUUGGAUUUUUUGUAUUUUGUACAAAAAAAUACUAAAUAUAAUUAAGUUUUACUUAA